UCCAUCCGCAGGGUCACUUUAGACUUUUUCGUGAUCGGUUUCUCGGCGUUUCCCGGCGUUUCCCGUGUUUUUCGGGUCAUUUCUCCGGGUUAUGUCCGCUCACUGGACAAAAUAUAUUCGCUCACCUAACUUUAAACCCAGCGAUUUCUGCCGUGAAACCUUUCCGCGUGGACCUAUUUUUCCCGAGGCGAUGACAGGCGGUGCUUCGGUCCCUCUUAAACAUGGCCACCAUGAUGGAGUAAACGCUACAACUUUACUAUUCUGAUUUUUGUUUUUUUGGACUUUUUUUCGCUCUCCGUCUCACCGAAACGAGGAAUGUUUCAUCUCGAAAUAUCUCACCGAACAUCCGAUCCAUGUGAGAGCUUUGGGAAAAGUUUGUUCUCGGAUUACCUGCUGAAUUAAGUUGGAAAGGAAAGAAGGGGGAAAAAAAGAAUCGCAUCGAUUCCAAUGUCAUCAGAGGAUAAGAGUGUGAAUCCCUCUGAGCAAGGACCUUCUCCUCCGCAGAGCAGUGCCGGGGCCACGCCCUCCGGGAGCCCCGCCCCCGCGGACAGGCGCGUCAGAGGUCGGCCCCGCAGGGACUCUGUAAACUCCGCCCCCACAUCCAGGCCCAUACGCAAGUCUCGGAGUCGAGGCAGAGCUCAGGCUGAUGAUGAGGACAGCAUGGACGCCACGGACGCCACGCUGCCGCCAGAGACGGAAGCCAUGGAGCUGGACGUAGACGAGGAUGAGGAGGAGGACUUCCCUCAGACGCUCUCGCCGCUCUUCCAGCGCUCCGUGUCUGAGGACUCGGCCGGCUCGUCUGCCUCGACCGCUGGGAAAGCCAAAACUAGAAAAAAGCUGUGUGCCUUCUGUUACUGUGGUGAGCGGAGUGUAUUGGGUCAGGGCGAGCUGAAGCUCUUCGGCCCGACUCCGGGUUACGUCCCACUGCACAUCCGCAACCGGCGCGGCAGCUCGGAGAAGGACGACGACUACCACGACGAGGACGACGACAACGACUUCAACGAUGACAACGACAAUGCCCGGAGCCCAGGCCAGCGUGGGAGGGGCCUGAAGAAGAUCAGCUCUCCAGACAGCGGACUGCACUCGUCCUCAGCUCCGGGCAGCACAGACCCGUGUAGCGAGGAACCCGUCCACAAACUCUGGGAGGAGCUGGGUCAGCUCGGUCUCCCUCACGACAUCAAUGUGCAGUCCUUAUUCGACCCCACUGGGCAGUGCUGUGCUCACCUGCGGUGUGCGGCGUGGUCAGACGGUGUGUGGCGUGGUGAAGGAGGCCAGGCUCAGCUCUAUGUGGAUAAAGCCAUUGACUCAGGGAGCACAGAGUACUGUGCAUAUUGUAAGCGCCUUGGAGCCUCCAUUAAGUGCUGUGAGGAGGGCUGUAGCCGCUCCUAUCAUUUCCCCUGCGCUGCUGCCGCCGGCACCAUCCAGAACAUCAGGACGUACACACUGCUCUGUCCUGACCACAUCCAGCUCGCCCUCGUGAGAUAUAAAGAUGAUGUGAAGUGCCUGCAGUGUGACAGUCCCGGUGAUCUGCAUGACCACCUCUUCUGCACUUCGUGUGGUCAGCACUACCACGGCGCAUGUCUGGACGUCGUCGUCACGCCGUUGGUGAGGGCGGGCUGGCAGUGUCCCGAGUGUAAAGUCUGCCUCACAUGCAGGAACCCUGGGGAGGACACCAAGAUGCUGGUGUGUGACAUGUGUGACAAAGGAUAUCACACGUUCUGCCUGGAGCCUGUAAUGGAUUCCCUCCCUGCCGGCAGCUGGAGGUGUAAGAACUGUCGGACGUGUGCGCAGUGUGGUGUCCGUGCCGCGGGUCAGUGGACGUCCGGCAGCCUGUGUGACUGUUGCCAACAGCAACAACAUCCUGCACCCACAUGUAACAUUUGUGGGCGGGGCCAAGACUCUGACGCACCCAAGGAGACGCUCGUAUGCAACACCUGUAAAAGGUGUGUUCAUGCGGAGUGUGUGAAGCAGGACGACUCGGCGCUGCAGGACGGAUACACGUGCGGUGUGUGUAAGCAGGUGGAGCAGGACAGCAGUGAGCGCGCUCACAUCCACACUGUCCAGGACGCCGUCCUCGCUGACCCCGACACAGCGCAGGGAGCUUUCAUGGCUGUUGAAGAGGAAGUUUCAGUUUCACUGGAACCAGAUAGCGCCUCACAUCCUGUUCCUGAAGAACCGAAACAGUCUCCAUCAGCUGUAGAACCUGCUCAGGAGAUCCAGGUGACUGUUACUUUGACAGAGGGCUCGUCUCCUUUAGCAUCUCCACUCACUUCCCAGUGUUGUGCUGCUGUGGUGGACCAAGAUGACGAGGAAUCGCAUGAUGCUAUCACACCAAUGGAAAAUGGCAAGGAGCAAGAGAUCAUGCCCGAGCCAGAGCAAGUCGUGGUGGAACCAAAUAUGGUGGAUGCUCCAAAAGUUCUACUUACUUCACCUACCAAAGAAUCCCACCCUGAGCCUUCCCCAUUGCCCAUGGAGGAACCCAUGGAUUUGGGUACUUCAGCUCCAGUUGAGGAAACCGUUCAAGACUCAUCCAUGAGCUUAGUAGAGGAUGUUGAGCAGGAUCUGGAGAAGGAGCCAGAGCUGCGGAAGACGCCGCAACCGGAGGAGGCCAAGGAGGAGGAAGAGGAGGUGGCAUCUGAGCCAGCUUUGCCUGAGGAGGUUAGCGUUACACUAGGUACAGAGAGCAGUCCACCAGUGGAGAUGGAUACUACUCCUGGCAGCGAGCUCAGCUUCUCGGGCUUCAGCUCUCCUGCCACGGAAGACAAGGUAUCAAGCCUUAAGCGCUCUCCAGCGUUUUCUCCAGAUGGCUCGAUCAAGCUCUGCCAGUCACCCUUCUCUACGGAGGCCUCACCCAGAGAGACACCCACUCAUGGCCACAAUACGCCUGGAUACAGCCCGGGUGUUUCCCCAGCUGCGUUCUUCCCCCUCACCCCAAAGAUCGGGAUGGGCAAGCCAGCCAUCUCCAAGAGGAAGUUUUCUCCAGGAAGACCCAGAGCGAAGCAGGUUGGAUGGAGCAGCCGUUGUGCCGUAAGCUCCCCGUCCUGGUCUCCGGAGCACUCAGAGGCCUCGGACGGCUCUAAGAACCAGCAGCAGCAGCAGCAGCAGGGCGAGCUCGUCUGGACGGCCAGACUGGGCCGUGGAUCAGGUUUUCCCGGGCGGAGACGUCCUCGGGGGGCUAACCUGUCUGGCCGAGGGGGCAGAGGACGAUCCCGAAUGAAGAUGGACAGCAACCUUCUGGUGACCCCUGGGGUGAAUUUUCUUGAGACUCCACAUGUGGUGAAGGAGGAAGAGGAGAACAGCAUGCACAAUACAGUCGUCAUGUUCUCCAGCUCCGACACCUUCACACUCAGACAGGACAUGUGUGUGGUGUGUGGGAGUUUUGGUCAGGGAGCUGAGGGCAGACUCCUGGCCUGUUCUCAGUGUGGUCAGUGCUAUCACCCGUUCUGCGUGAGCAUUAAGAUGACUAAGGUGGUGUUGAGUAAAGGUUGGCGGUGUUUGGAGUGUACGGUGUGUGAGGCGUGUGGUCAGGCUAGCGAUCCCGGACGCUUGCUGCUGUGUGACGACUGUGACAUCAGCUACCACACUUACUGCCUCAACCCGCCGCUGCAGAACGUCCCCAAGGGCAGCUGGAAGUGCAAAUGGUGUGUAUCGUGUACUCAGUGUGGAGCCACGUCCCCCGGGCUGCGCUGUGAUUGGCAGAAUAACUACACUCAGUGCGGUCCGUGUGCCAGCCUGGCCGUCUGCCCGGUGUGUGUGCGCAGCUACAGAGAGGAUGAACUGAUCCUGCAGUGCCGGCAGUGCGACAGGUGGAUGCACGCGUCCUGUCAGGGUCUGACCUCUGAUGAAGAGGUGGAGAAUGCAGCGGACGAUGGCUUCGACUGUACCAUGUGCAGAAUGCUGACGCUCCCGAACCAGGGUGUUCCUGUUCCAAAGCUCACAGAGAGCAGCAGCAGCAGCAUCAUCGAGCCUCCGGUGGUCAUACAGCCUGUGCCUAGAAUCAAGGAAUAUGAAUUCCAGAAGACGUACACUCAGGACGGCGUGUGUCUGACCGAAUCGGGUCUGUGCCAGCUUCAGAGUCUGUCCGUUCCCUCUGGACGGCGCCGGCGGGCCAAACCCAAACUCCGACUCAGGAUCAUCAACCAGAACAGCGUGGCCGUGCUUCAGGCUCCACCGGAUCCACAGACCGAGUUCUCCAGAGAGGGAGACAUGGACGACAGCCGAGAAGGGGAUCUGAUGGACUGUGACGGGAAGUCAGACUCGAGCCCUGAGCGAGAACCCAACGACGAAGAACUGAAGAGCUCUGAAACCCUCGAUGGGAUCAAGAAGAGGAAGAGGAAACCCUACAGGCCAGGUAUUGGUGGGUUUAUGGUUCGCCAGAGGAGCAAGACUGGGCAAGGGAAAGCCAAGCGAUGCCUGAGUAGGAAGGACUCCACUGGAUCGAUCGUAGAAAACCCUACUGGGAAAGACGAAGGCUGGAACGAACCGGACACCCCUGUAGACGAGACGCCGCCCGUGGUUGAACCUUUAGAGAAGGUCAAGAAGAGGUACAGGAAGAAGAAAACCAAACUGGAGGAGGCGUUCCCUUCGUAUCUCCAGGAGGCUUUCUUUGGGAAGGAACUCUUGGAUAAGAGUAAACAGAGUAAGCAGGCUCUGGAGAUGAGGCCAGUAGAGGAGGAGGUCGUGGCACAUGGAGACAGCAAACCGCCGAGCGCCAACUCCAGCUUCCUGGAUCCCUCUUUAGAUCCACUCCUCAGCGCCGCAGCCACUCCCAUCUCCGGAAAAGCUGGGACUCUGCCCAGUGCACAGGAUCCCUUAACCGAGUUGGUUCUCCAUUCAGACGACGAUUUCCUCGGGAUGCUGUCGGAUGCAGGCCACGAUUCAGGUCUUGAUUUAUGCCCUUUCCAGGUGGACAGCUCCCCUUCUCCGUUCGCUGGUUUGGAUAUUGGGGCCAUUUCUGAUGACCCCUCGGGUCCGCCUCUGCCUGUUCCUGCCCGGGGACCUCGACAAUUGCAGGAAGAACCUCUGGAUGUGAUUCUCAGCCCUGAACUGGACAAGAUGGUGACUGAUGGGGCUAUUCUCAGCAAGCUCCAGAUUCCAGAGCUAGAAGGGAAAGAAGUGGAAGACUUGUUUACAGCGGUGUUGAGCCCAAGCACCAAUCAGUCAUCUCAACUAGCACAGCCUCCCAACACCAUCCCUAAUGUGCCAGUCAUGACAGUGCCACAACGAGCACCAGGUGAUAAUGCUAUGUUCCCUCGCAUGCCUGUUAUGAAUGGUAUGAUGGGUCAAAAUCCUGUCUUUCCCACAAAUUCCAUGAUGCCUGGAGCCGGCAUUUCUGGCACUUUCUCUCCCGUUCACCGGAUGCCUUUUCCUGAAAGUAUGAGGGAGAAGAAGUUCAGCCAGAUGGGGAGUGAUAUGGUUGGCCCCUGGAGUGCUCCUGCCUCUAUGCCUGGUCCAGCUCCUCCUGCAGAGCCAGAAACAGAUGUCAUGUCCAACGCCCAGAGGAGUACAUUGAAGUGGGAGAAGGAGGAGACCCUUGGAGAGAUGGCCACUGUGGCACCUGUGCUCUACACUAACGUCAACUUUCCCAACCUGAGAGAAGAAUUUCCAGAUUGGUCGACUAGAGUAAAGCAAAUUGCAAAACUGUGGAGAAAGGCUAGUUCUCAGGAAAGAGCUCCAUAUGUGCAAAUGGCUCGGGAUAACCGAGCAGCUCUGCGCAUAAAUAAGGUUCAGCUGUCUAAUGACACACUGAAGAGACAGCAACAGCAGCAGGCUCCUGACCAUUUUGACCCAAGCAUGUCCAUGGACACUGAGCAGCUCUUCAAAGACCCCCUCAAACAAAAGGAGUCUGAACAUGAGCAGGAAUGGAAAUUCAGACAGGGAGAGUUAAAUCAGAUGUUGGGACCCCUUAAGAAGCAGCAGGAAAAGGUCCCAAAAAGCAAAGCCAUAAAAUCAACAAAUAAAGACGUCCUUUUUGGACAUUCCAACCAAGCAUCUAUAGCUGCAGGAUGUGGAAAAAAAUCUCUGCAAAUGAGACAAAAGAGCAAACAGCAGGCGAAGAUUGAAGCCACUCAGAAGCUUGAGCAGGUUAAAAAUGAACAGCAGCAACUUCAACAACAGCAACAGCAGCAGCAACAGUUCAGUGGCCAGUCAAGUGGAGAUACUGCAAAUAAUGGGAAUAAAAGUCCCAUGACACCUCAGCCCCCGAAUGGAGGCAACACAUCCCCUUUACAGCCAACGACAAUCAAGGAUACUUUUGUGAGGCCUCAGCUUCCUGGGACACCAACGUCCAGUUCAUCUUCAGACGAUGUGUUUUUGCGUCCCCAACUGCCACCCCCAUCAGCAGCAGCAAAAACUCCCACACAGGAUACUCAGUACCCACAAGGAUCAUCAUCUCAGCCUCAGUCUCCUCAGAUGUUUUCUCCAGGUUCAUCAGGGUCCCGUCCAUCUUCUCCUUGGGAUCCAUAUGCUAAAAUGGCAGGUACACCUCGACCUCAACCAUCGGGAUCAAGUACACCUCAUAGAGGCUCAAUAUCUGACAUGCAGGAAAGGGGCAGGCCCUCUCCAGCCCAUGAGUCCUUUGGUUCACCAACGUCUGCGAAUGUUGACAUUUAUUCAAAGCCACCAGACACACCCAGGCCUGCAGACCCAUUUGUGAAACCCCUUGGUCCCCCCAGGCCUGGGUCAGAGCAGCAGCAGCAUCUUCAGCAACAACAGGGUAGAUACAUGCUGGCUAAUACUACAUCUGGAGAUUUCAUCAGGCCAAACCAGAGAGUGGAGACAUACCAGCGAACACCUCCACGUGUUGUGCUGUCUGACCCAUACUCAAGGCCGCUGCCUUCACCCAUUCCUGGAAGCAAUGAAGCUGGCUCUGUACCACUUUUUAAAACCCCCAUGCCUCCCUCACAUCCUUCCCAAGACUCCUUCAGUACAGGUCAGCUAAGCAUGAGACGUGGAUCAUCAGAUGGCUUUCCUCAAGGUCAGCAAACCGAUCCUUAUGCACAUCAACCUCUAACUCCUCAUCCUUCAAUGGGAGAUGCUUUCAGCACUGAUGGCAGAAUGAUGCGUCAGGGUCCAGGAGGUCACUUCACACAACCUAUGCCAAUGACCAGGCAUCCUCCAAGGGAUCCGUAUGCACAGGCACCAUCUACACCUAGGCCAGACUACUCUUCACAAAUGGCUGAUCCUUAUUCUCAGCCUCCUGGUACUCCCCGACCUCAUGAUCCCUGUGCCCAGCCUCCUGGUACUCCAAGGCCACAUUCUGAUCCAUUUUCAGUACCUACUUCUACACCUCGACCUGUAGAACAGUUUUCUCAGUCACAGUCAUCUAGCUGCAGACAGUCUCCAUCUCACAGUAUGGAUCCAUAUGCCCAAAUGCCAGGUACGCCAAGACCAGCUGCAGGAGAAAGAUACUCUAAAUCCCCAGGUAAUCAGAGAAAUGCAGAAGCAUACACACAGGUUGCUGGAACACCUCGGCCCACAAAAUCAGAUCCAUAUGAUCAACCACCUGGAACACCAAGACCAGUUCUCACUGACCCAUUUGCUCAACCUCCUGGAACCCCAAGGCCAAGCCCUAUGGUUCAUACCUCUGAUCCAUUUAGCCAUCAGGCUCAAAACAGGAUGACUGAUCCAUUUGCUCAUCCAGCAGGUUCUCAAACCCCCAAACAUCAUGGCAUUUCAGAGGAAACCUUCUCCUUGCCACAGACUAAUACUAAUCAAACCCCUAUACAUGACCCCUUUGAGCAAGUACCUAUGACCCCAUGUACACAGUCAGGUGAAAGGCUGGCUCCAACUACAAGCAUCUCGUCUGAUGCUCAGAACCCAAUGCAACCACCACUAGGGGAAACGGAGGAAAAACUUAAACAGCGUCUGAGAUUACGCCAGCUGAUCCUAAAACAACAGCAACAAAAGAGUGCGAUCAGGCAAGAGAAAGGGCUUCAAGAGGCUACCGGUACUCCUACACCUGGCACUCCCUUGCACUGGUCACAGGAGGAUUCUGUACCACCAAGCGACAUGUUUUUAGGACGCCCUCCACCCCCAUAUCCUGGAACUAUCAGAGCUCCACUAAUGCAUGGAGAUCAAAGAUUUCCUGGACCUUUCCCUGGUGAUCAAAGGGCACCACUUCCCGAAGAGGCUCAUUGUCCACGGCCUCAGUUUUCCAGGGAUAUGAGCAAUAUGGUCAUAAGACCACAAGGGCCUAGAUUUGGUUUUCCGUCUGGUGCAGCAGGUCAGGAGUCAUUCCUGCGCCCACCCCACCAAAUGCAAGGUGGACCAGUGGUGGAUAAUAUACCACCCCAGAUGAGAAGGUCUCUGUCAGUUGAUCUAGGUAGAUCAAUGGGAAGCAACCCUCAAAUGGGCCCUCCCCAACACUUUCCACCACGUGGCCUUCCAGUGCAACAACACAACAUAAUGGGCCAGCCAUUUAUUGAGCUACGACACAGGGCACCAGAAAAUAGAGUGAGGCUACCAUUUCUGCCACCCAACAUCUUGGACCAUCCAAAUAAUGCUCAGAGAUCUUCUACCAGCUUGAUAGGAGGUCAAAAUAUGGCCUUUCCUGGGAACCAGGUUCCAAGGCCUUUGACUCCAAUGAUGGGUCAACCACAGCAAGGAUCUGUUGGGCACUUGCAGAUUUCAGCAAGCUUGGAGAAUUUGCAUCCACAAGCAAACAUGCCUGAGAAUCCACAACAACAUCCUCCACUGUCAGCUGCAAUCACUCAUUCAGUUAGCAGUGAAGCACUUAAUUCUACCCAACCAACACUUCUCACUGGGACAGUCCCGGGCCCAACAGAAGAGAUCCCAUUGCCUUGUGGUGAUGGAAUAGAGGAAAAGUUAGAUGCAGAUGACUCUGCAGUGAAGGACCUUGAGGAUGUAGAGGUUAAAGAUUUGGUUGAUGAUGAUUUGGAAAAUUUAAACCUUGAUGCAGACGAUGGCAAGGAUAUAGAUUUGGAAACAAAUGACCUACAUCUUGACGAUUUCAUUGAAUCUGGGAAGUUUGACCUCCUUGCUUAUGCUGAUCCUGAGCUGAAUCUUGAGGACAAGAAGGAUAUGUUCAAUGAGGAUCUAGAUCUGAGUGACCCUAUAGAGGAUGAUCAUGGGGAAACCUCUGUACUUCAGAAGGUGCUGUCUGAGAAGAAAUCUCCUCAAAUCGUGAAUAAAUCAGAGGAUGUUGAGCUGCCUUCUCGUGGCAAACAAGAAGAGAAACUAGAAGUGGAAAGCGCUGGUAAUCUUUUGACGAGGACUAUAAAAACAGAGAUCAAACAGGAUUCACUCAUCAGCGAGGACCACCCUGUUGGUGACAACAUCCCUCUGGACAGUAAAAAUAGCCAAGGAGAUAUGUCUAGACUUUUUGAGGGAUCACCUCAGCAGAUUGGCUUGUCAGGUGCUGGGGUCCCUUCUGGGUCUGCUCCAGUGCUCUCAAGCCUUUUAACCAAAGAGAAACUAGAUGACUCUGGGAUCAGCCCUGUGGGACCUCCUCACCAGGGAAAUCUUGUUCAGGCUAGCCAUGGUCCAGAACUUCAGCCCAACAUGGGUAUGAUGAUGCAGGGACAAAACAAAGACCAUGGGCUGAACCCUACAAUGACAGUGGGACACAGAAUGGAUGAAUCACUCGCUCAUGGAGCGCAACUGGGAAACCCAAAUACUUUGCCAGUUGGUAGUCAGCAGUUGCCAGUCCAAGGAUUUGCAGCUUCACCAGGCCAGAACGUGGAUAUAAACCUGCCCAUGCUAGGUGGCCAGCAACCUGUCCCCCACACGCUCCAUCCACAGGCCCAACAGGUGAUGUAUCCGCAAGGGUCCAUAGGGCAGCAAGGCGCAAAAAUACAGCAGAACCAGUCGAACAGGCCACUGCUCUUAGAUGAGCAACCCCUUCUUCUUCAAGAUCUCUUGGAUCAGGAGAGGCAGGAGCAGCAACAACAAAGGCAGAUGCAGGCUAUGAUUCGCCAACGCUCUAAUGACCCAUUUUUCCCAAAUAUUGACUUUGAUGCUAUUACAGACCCGAUCAUGAAGGCCAAGAUGGUGGCCCUAAAAGGGAUUAAUAAAGUGAUGGCACAGAAUAGCAUGGGUAUGCCACCCAUGGUCAGAAUGCAACAGAUGCCCGGAGCACAUGGACCAGAUGCACUCGGGUUCCCUCAGCAUGCUUUUGGACAGGAUGGGAAGCUAAUCCCUCAGCUGACGAGGCCAAACCCUCCAAAUUUUGGACCUGGAUUUGUCAACGAAGCUCAGAAAAAGCAAUAUGAGGAGUGGCUUCAAGAAACUCAGCAGCUUCUUCAAAUGCAGCAGAAGUUUUUGGAAGAACAGAUUGGUGCCCACAGGAAAUCGAAAAAAGCCCUCUCAGCAAAACAGCGCACAGCUAAAAAGGCAGGCCGUGAGUUCCCAGAGGAAGAUGCGGAGCAGCUGAAACACGUGACCGAACAGCAGAGCGUGGUUCAGAAGCAACUGGAACAGAUCCGCAAGCAGCAGAAGGAGCACGCUGAGCUUAUUGAGGAGUACCGCGUCAAGCAGCAGCAGCAGCGCAGUAUGCAGUCCUCCAUGAUGACUCCAAUGCAGGCUAUGCCAGGAAUGCCAGCCCAACCCCCUGGCAUGAUGCCUGGUGGACUCCAUAUGGGCCAGCCUAUGAUGGGUCCAAUGCAGUCACAUCCAGGUCAACCAAACCCUAACCGCAUAACUAACAUGCCUGGCUGGCACCCGGGUGGCCCCGGACCAAUUGGAGGAUCCAGAAUACCAUCUCACAUACCUCCUCAGAUGCCACCAGCCAACCCAGGUCAGCCACCACAGGCCCAGCAACCACCUGCUAUGGUGCCACCUGGCCAGCCUGGUGGUGUGCCUGUCGGUCAUGGGGUUGGAGGUGCCACCCCUCACGUAAAGUUUGAUGACAAUAACCCAUUCAGUGAGGGCUUCCAGGAGCGGGAGCGCCGCGAGCGACUGCGGGAGCAACAAGAGAGACAGCGGGUGCAGCUGAUGCAAGAGGUAGAAAGACAGAGGGCUCUUCAGCGUCUGGAGAUGGAGCAACAGGAUGCAGGCAUGGCUCCAGAUGCUAGCCGAGACAGCCUGGCCCACAUGCCCUUUUACAAUACCGACCUGCCCCAAGACUUCAUGCAGUCUGCCAGACCUCAGCAGCCACAGCAGAUGGGAUCAAUGUUCCCCCAGCAGGGUGGUACACCUCUAGACUUUGGGGGCCCCGGUCCAGCCUUCGUGCAGGGUGGGGUGCGACGACCCAUAACUGCAAGUGGUGCUUUUCCAGGCCAGGACAUGGGGCCAAAUUUCCGGCCGAAGAAUCCAAUGAUGCAUGGACUCAACUUCGUGCCAGGUCAACCUCGACCACCAACAAUGCCCCAAGGCGGAAGUGAAGGCCCUCUGUUUGGCAUGGAGUCAGCCACACCACUGCCUCCUAAUUACCCUGGGUCUGGCCAGUCUCUCAUACAAUUAUACUCCAACAUCAUCCCAGAGGAGAAAUGCAAGAAAAAGAGGAAUCGGAAAAAGAAGAAAGACGACGAUGCAGAUUCAGUGAAAACACCUUCCACACCUCAUUCCGACCUCACUGCCCCUCUGACCCCAUGUGUUUCAGACACAUCUUCCACCCCAACACGCAGCACUGCCCUACAGGGAGAUCAGGACUCCUCUGAGCUCUCCAAUUCCUUGUGCUCUAUGUCCGGCCUGCCUUCUUCGUCAGAACUGGAGAGGCAGCUGUCCGGCAGUGGGAAUCUGCUCAGGCGCCAGUCUAGUGUGGGUUCAGAGACUGAACGAGGAGUUUUUGAUAUACUGCAGGAAAUCAAGCAGGAGAAGAUGGACAUGAGUGAGUGCCAGGGGACUGAAGGGGCGUUAGGAUCAGGAGCAGCAGGCAUGGUAAAGGUCGAGGAGACCCCAAACAUCGCUGAACAAAGUCCAGCACACAGUACCAAAGGCGAGUCUGGGAACGAACUUCUUAAACACCUGCUGAAUAACAAGGACACACCACCACCCUCAGCCACAACCCAAACACACCAGACAUCCAGUGAUGGCCUGCGAUCAGAGGAAGAAGGAGUGGCUGAAAACAAGGGCUCUGUCAAGAUGAGCCCUACUGAGUGUGUGGAAGGUGUAAAUAGCCAGUUGGCUAGAAAUAUGGAUUCUCUACAGCCUUCUCUACCAGACCAGGGCAAGAAAAAACAGCGCAAUAAGAGAACACCAAAGAUCGGGGCUGAUAAACCUCAGUCUCGCUGGAAGAAAAGAAAGAAAGAGCAGGAGGAUCGUCAAGUCUUGUAUCCUACCACCGAUACGCUAACUCAACUCAAACAGCAGCUGUCCCUGUUGCCCCUCAUGGAGCCCCUGAUUGGCGUGAACUUUGCCCACUUCCUUCCGUACGGCAGCAGGGAGCUGAAUGGAGAGAACAGGCUCUCGGGGUCAUUUGGCAGUGCGUCACUGGACGGGGUUUCAGACUACUACUCCCAGCUCAUCUAUAAGCAAAACAACCUGAGCAAUCCACCAACACCCCCUGCCUCUCUGCCUCCUACCCCGCCUCCUGUAGUGAGGCAGAAGAUGGUGAAUGGUUUCGCCACAGCAGAAGAGCUCGCCAGGAAGGCUGGUGUUAUCAGUGGGCAUGAUGUGUCCAAAAACUUAGGGCCAAAGCAGCUUCCGACGCCGUUCAAAAAAGAGGACGACCUCCUGUCUCAGGCCAUUUCUCAGGGACCCAAGACUGUUGAUGUGCCUGCCUCUUUGCCAACACCUCCACACACCAAUCAGGAGGAGCUCCGUGGCCAGGACCAUUGUGACAGGGACACCCCGGACAGCUUCGUCCCCUCCUCGUCUCCGGAGAGUGUCACCGGCAUUGAGAUCAGCAGAUACCCGGAUCUGUCUCUAGUAAAGGAGGAGCCUCCAUCACCUGCACCAUCUCCUACCAUCCCGAUGCUGCCCAGUGCCAGCGGGAAAGGCACUGAAGUAAUGCAGUGGGAGGUGAAGAAAGAACCCCAGGGCAAUUUCUUCGGCUCUCAGUUUGAUCCGUCCUCCUCCUGCUCCAAGGCGGGGCUGAUGUCCGUAUCGCUCACGCUCAAUCGAGCCGCGGCGGAGAACAUCCAGGGAGUGAUGGCGGCGGUGUCCAACUUGCUUUGCGUCCCUGUCCCUGCCAACUAUGAGGUAUCUCAUACCAGAGAGAGUCCAGAGCCACGCAACUCCCUGGCCAUGCUAGCAAGCCUCAAAGUCCCUCCGGCGCAAGGCCUCGACCCUCGCCCGGCCGCCCUGUUCCCCCAGUCUGCCAUGAGGUUCUCCAGACCUCCAGGAAUGAUGCCCUCGACUCAGCACUUCACACCAAACACCAGCGCCGGUCCAGGUGCGAUCAGACCAGAAUAUCACAUGGAUGGAAGCAGCCCGGGGAGAAAACUGCAGUGGUGCGCCCAGUGUAAAGUGGUAGUUUUGGGAAACGGAGUCCGCAGGUCCACCAAAGACCCCAGUGAUAAACAGGAGGGCCAGGUUUGGGCUGAGGGCAACACGGUUUUCUGCAGCCGCAACUGCCUUGUUCUCUUCUCAUCCAUCAUGCAGAAUAAACCUGUAGACAGCAAGAUGAACGCACCCAUGAUACCUGACUCUGAAGAGAAAUCCCCACCCAGAGUUCUCCACCAAUACAGCAACAACAUGUCCACCCUGGACGUCCACUGUCUGGUCCAGAUGCAGCCCAAGCAGUCUCCACCAUCCACCCCUCCCAUCACUUUCCCAUCCAUUUUCUCUGAGAUACAGAAAGCUGAGACCAAGCCGGAAGCCCUGAAGGUCACGGUCAAACUGAAGCCUCGGCCCCGGGCCGUCCACAAUGGAGCAGAUGAACCACGCUACCAUUCUGCAAAGCGCUGGAAAGGGCUGCGUUGGCGCAGGUGGAGCAUCCAUAUUGUGGUUCCCAAAGGAAAGCUGCAGAUGCACAGUCAGGACGAGUUGGAAGAGCUGCUGAAAAGGCUGGAUGCUUCGCUGCGACCAGAACCACUGCCCAAAGACCAGCGACGCUGCUGCUUUUGUCACGAGGAGGGUGAUGGCCUCACAGAUGGACCCGCUCGACUACUAAACCUUGACCUGGACUUGUGGGUGCACUUGAAUUGCGCGCUCUGGUCCACCGAGGUCUAUGAGACCCAAGCGGGUGCGCUUAUCAACGUGGAGAUGGCACUACGACGUGGCCUAAGCAUUCGCUGUGCCUACUGCCAGCGCACAGGAGCGACCAGCGGCUGCCACCGACUACGCUGCACCAACGCGUACCACUUCACCUGUGCGCUCAAGGCUCAGUGUACCUUCUUCAAAGACAAGACCAUGCUUUGCCACUUGCACAAACCCCGUACGGGAAAUGGUGCCGGGGGUGGCAUGUUCGGAGGACUGGACCACGAGCUACGCUGCUUCACAGUGUACCGCCGUGUUUAUGUACAGCGUGACGAGUCACGUCAGAUCGCCAGCAUGAUGCAACGUGGCGAGCGGGAACACACUUUCCGUGUUGGCAGCCUGGUAUUUCAUUCAGUCGGGCAGCUCCUGCCACAGCAGAUGGAAGCCUUCCACUCUCCCGCUGCCAUCUUCCCCAUCGGCUACGAGGCCACUCGGAUCUACUGGAGCAUGCGGUAUGCCAACCGCCGCUGCCGCUACCUGUGCUCUAUCGACGAGAAGGAUGGCACACCGGAAUUCACCAUCCGUGUAGUGGAGCAAGGAUACGAGGACCUGGUGUUGACUGGUUCCUCUCCUAAAGGAGUGUGGGAUAAAGUCCUGGAGCCGGUGGCCGAGAAGAGGAACGAGACAGGAACCCUUAAACUGUUCCCCGUCUACCUGAAGGGAGAAGAUCUGUUCGGACUGACCGUAUCUGCGGUCACCAGGAUUGUGGAAUCGUUGCCGGGAGUGGAGGCAUGUACCAGCUACACGUUCCGUUACGGUCGUAAUCCUCUGAUGGAGCUGCCCCUGGCCAUCAAUCCCUCAGGAUGCGCUCGAUCCGAACCAAAGGCUUGCACACAUGUCAAGAGGUGUGUGUUAAGGCCUCACACACUGACCAGCAGCUGCUCCGCUAAAGCCCUGCAGACCGGUGGCAGCCCGGCCGAGCUCGGCGCCGGUGCCCCCUACAGUAAGCAGUUUGUGCACUCCAAGUCCUUUCAGUACCGACGCAUGAAAGCCGAGUGGAAGUCCAACGUCUACCUCGCUCGCUCGCGCAUCCAGGGCUUGGGGCUGUACGCUGCUCGCGACAUUGAGAAAUACACCAUGGUGAUCGAAUACAUCGGUACCAUCAUCCGUAACGAGGUCGCAAACCGCAAAGAGAAGAUGUACGAAUCACAGAACCGUGGAGUUUACAUGUUCCGCAUCGACAGUGAGCAUGUAAUAGACGCCACCAUAACAGGAGGACCUGCGCGAUACAUUAACCACUCCUGCGCUCCCAACUGCAUAGCCGAGGCCGUGACCUUCGAGAGAGGCCACAAAAUCAUCAUCAGCUCCAACCGCAGGAUACAGCGUGGGGAGGAGUUGUGCUACGACUACAAAUUCGACCUUGAAGAUGACCAGCAUAAGAUCCCUUGUCACUGUGGCGCAGUAAACUGCAGGAAGUGGAUGAACUGAAUCGGAGCGGACGGGCGGAAUGUUCGAAAACUCCACACAUAUGCAUUCCUUGUGAUUUUUUUUUUUUUUUUUUUUUUUUUUUAGUUUUUCCUUUUCUUUCCUUUUCUAGGCCCGUUUCUAAACAGGAAGUGUUGUGGUGUUGUUUUUGUUUUGUUUUUUUUUGAUAACUUAUCAGGGCAGAUCAUAAGACCGCAGAACUGUAAGGGUUAAUGGAGAAAAAAAAAUAAAAUAAAAUAAAUAAAUAAAUAAAUAAAUGGCCAGGUGAGGGAAGGGGGGGGGCAGGAAUGCGGACAGGGUGAAAACCAGUCUACACACACGCACUCACCCACACACCCACACACACACACCCACACACACACACCCACACCCACACACACACACACACACACACAGGUCCAUCUGCAGAAAGAAGCUCACAUGGUUUGUACUUUACUUGGACGUGGAUUAAAGCUUCAAGGAGACUCGGUGAGAUACGCGUGUCACCAGCUGACCAGGAAGCGAUCGUGCUGGACACAGCCUUAUUCAGAUUAUAAAGAGGCGGGUCCUCUGGAUUUAAAAUAAAAUAAAUGAAUAAAUCUAUACAUAUAUAUAUAUAGAGAGAGAGAGUGAUAUAAAUACAGAAAUGUAGACACCACUGAACAAGGAAUGUACUGAGAAGACUUCCUUAGGGAUAAAGCUAAGGGAUUUAUUAACUUGCACUAAAAACAACAACAGAAAAAAAAAAAAAAUACGGUUUAAUAAAAUACUUGAUUCCAUGAGUCAGUUUAUUAUUUUUUUUUUCCUUUUUGUUUUUGUUUUGUGUAAAAUAAGAGGCGACUUUUUUGUAUUUAUUAUGAAUCGAAGCUAUUUUUUAAAGAAUGUCGACAAAAAUAAAAGAGUAAGAAAGAAGAAGGAAAGAAGCUGCUUGGCAAAAAAAAAAAAAAAAAAAAAAAGGCUUAUAAAAGGCUUGAAGCGGAUGUUACGUUAUAAAAUAAACGUGUAAAUAUCCGGCUAAAGAAUUGACAAAAAAAAUUGUAAAAAAAAAUUAUGAUUUGAUUUAGAAAUUCGACCAAAUGCUACCUUAACUUCAUUUUAAGAGAUAUGUUUGGGAUUAUUUUUUUUUUUAUUAUUAUUAUUAUUUUUUUUUUGCUUCUCAUUUUUGAAAAAUGAACUAAAAAAAAAAAGAGAAAAAAAAAUAUUAAAAAAAAAAUAAUUAAGAGUAUUUAAAGAUUUACGGAUUUGAUUUUGAUCUUGAUUUUCGAGUCUAUGUGUUGUAAAAAAUAAAAAAUAAAUAAAAAUAAAUAAAUUUGUACAGAAUCUGUAAAAAAAAAAAAAAAAAAAAAAAGAGGGAAAAGAAAAAGAGAUUGAAAAUGAAUUCAGAGUAUUUUUGUUGUAUUUAGAAUGUAGAGUGAAUAUUGUCGAAAAAUUCUGACCACUUGAAGAAUCCUGUACCUUAAUUUUUUCUUGUUACUUUUUGGCGAUCAUGUUUCCGCUCGGAUCGUCGUCUCUGUCGGUCAGCGAGCGAACUGCGAUGUGAAUCUGUUUUCCGACUCGAGGAGCUCGAGGUUUUUGCCGGUGUGAGCCUCGUCACUCGUUUCCUUUUCCUUCAGUGAGCGUUUUCCUUCAGAGCUUCGGAGAGAAAUCUCAAUGCCUUUCACAGGUUUUUUCUUUUUGACCUUAAGAAUUGUAAAGUAAUGCUUUUUCUUUCUUUUUUUUUCUUUUUUUCUUUGGGUUGUUUACAGAAUUUUAAGAAAAAUGCUGUUUAGAGUCGGACUAGUUGAAAAUCAUGGUAUGAGAUUUCUAUUUUUGCUUUUCCUUUUCUUUUCUUUUUUUUGAGCUUAAUAAAGAAUUUAAAACCUGGUCCUAGCACUUGGCUUUACCGGUUUGAAAUGAAGAUAUUUUAUUUUUAUUUUUAUUUUAUUUUUUUUGAUGUGUGCACAAACUAAACAAUGUGUGGGACUUAGUUUUUUUGUUUUUUUUUGUUAGUGUAAUUCCCGGAGCUUGUAAUAUAAAACAGCAUGAUGUAUUUUUUAAAAGGAAAACAAAAAAAAACAACAACUUUCGAAUGAAUCAAAUUG